AUGGACUUUCCCCCGGAACCUAACCGAGCUGUGGAAAGCGAAAAGUUUGCGGUCGAGCCCGUGCAGUUCCAGUUCGCCAUCUCGUCGAUCGUGGCUCUGGCGGUGGCCAACAACACUCUCUGUCUGGCGCUCAAGUCUGGGCGAAUCAUUCGAAUUGACCUCGACAACCCCGAAAGCGUGGAUGACGUGGACGUCAAGGACGGCGGAUGUGACAUUGAGAACCUGUUUCUCGACCCCACCGGCUCCUACUUACUCAUCGCCACCAAGACCCGCGACAAUUAUGUGCUCAACUACCAAACGACAAAGGUCAAGUCUCUGGGCCGAUUGAGAGACCUGGCAAUCACAUGCGUGGCAUGGUCCCCCAUCGAAAGCUCUCUGAGCUCAGGAGAGGUGCUACUGGGAACGGCAGACGGCUGCGUCUACGAGACAUGCUUGGAGUUCUCGGACGAGUACUUCAAGCGGGAAGACAGAUACGUGCGCAAGGUAGCCGAGUUCAAAGCUGCCGAUAGCCACGUGGUGACACCCAUCACCGGAAUCGUUGUUCAGCUCGGAUCCAGCCCAAAUUACAGAAAAAUCAUUGUGACAAACGCCAAUGGACAUGCCUACUAUUACUCUGGCAAGAUCUCUGCCCACCUGCAGGACGGUAUUCCCGUCUACACCAAGUUCUUUGAGCGUGAAGAACACGUAGAUCAGGAGUUUGGUGCCGAUAACGGAAGAGCUGCCAUGUUGUCAGCCACUCCUCCUGACCCCAAGUCCUCAUCUUGGGCCUUUGCUCUGCUUUCAGAGGUCGGUAUUGUGCACAGAACAAUCAAGAAGGACGAAAAUGACACUUUGGAGUCACGGAAGACCUUCUUUCAAGGAUCCAAUAUUUACAUUCUCAACCAGAUCCAGGAAUCUUCUAUUGUGGGUAUGUGUCUGACCAGUUUUCAUAUGGCCAUUGCUACAGAAACCAAGCUGUAUAUUGUCAAUCGGUUCUCUCAUGAGCUGGUGUUUGAGCAGCAUGUUACCCAGGGCAAUGAGACUCUUACCGGUCUCACAGUUGACCCCAAACAACACACCUUUUGGUUGUUCUCAGCUGAAAACAUUUACGAAAUCACUGUGGACGAUGAGUCUCGAGGAAUGUGGAAGCUGGUGCUCGAACAGGGUGAUCUGGACGAGGCUAUGCGGUUGUCUGAAAACGACCCUGAUCCCUCUUCUCAGGAUGAACUGCUAGGUAUUCUGGGAGACAAGCAAAUCCAAGAGAAGGACUAUCUUGGAGCAGCCAACACCUAUGGAAACUCGCGAAGACGCCCCUUGGAACAGACUGCAUUGUUGUUCUUGGAUGCGAACCAGCCUGAGGCACUGCUCAAGUACCUUCAGAACAAGUUGACCGUCUUUCCCAAGGCCAAUGUCACUCAACGCCUGCUUGUGUCCACAUGGAUCAUCGAGUUGUUUAUGGAGCAGUUCAACAAAUUGGAUGAUCAGGAGGCCACCUCGGACUCCCCUCUGGAUGAGCAGCGUCGAAUCCUGUCGACCAAGUUCCACGACUUUAUUACCAAAUACAAGGGCGAUUUGCAUAAGGGAACCGUGUUUGAGAUCAUGAGCGUCAACGGCCGACAGGAGGAGCUGCUAUAUUACGCUGCAGCUAUUCAGGAUUACAACUUUGUUCUGCAAUACUGGGUUGGUCUGGAGAACUGGUCCAAGGCUCUUCAGGUGCUUCGACAGGUCAAGGCUGAAGAAGACCGUGCAUUGCUGUACAAAUACUCGACGGUUCUGCUGGUGCAUGCUCCCAGAGAUACCGUUGACACGUGGAUUGUGAUAGGAAAGGAGAUUGACCCCACGAAAAUGGUUCCUGCUCUGUUGAACUACUCGCAGACUGUCAGACCUGGCAAGGUUGCCAGUGACCAGGCUGUGCGGUACCUGAAAAAUGUUGUGGGAAAGCAGGGAUCUCGUGAUGCUAUUAUUCACAACACUCUCAUUUCUUUGCUUUCUAUGUCUCCUCAGACUGAAGAGACCGAGCUUUUGGAUUAUCUCCACGAGUGUGCUACUCUUCCUCAGUUGCCCUAUGAUGUGGAUUUUGCUCUUCGUACUUGCAUUCGAUGCAAGCGGUUCGAGUCCUGUGUUCACAUCUACUGCAACAUUCACAUGUACCAUGAGGCAGUCAAGCUUGCUCUUGACCAUGGCAGACUGGAGCUUGCCAUCAAGGUGGUUGAACAGACUCGAGAUUUGGACGAAUCUGAUGCCGCUUACACCCCUGAUCUUUGCAAGAACUUGUGGUUUGCCAUUGUCAAACAUGUGAUUGAGGAGUCUGACAAGUCCGACGAGAUUCCCUUAUCUCAGGUGGUUUCUCUUCUCAAACAGAGCCAGGUGCUCAAGAUUGAAGACGUUCUGCCUUUAUUCCCCGACUUUGUCGUUGUGGACGACUUUAAGCAGGCUAUCUGUGACUCUCUGGAGUCUUACAACUCCAACCUGGUCAACAUCCAGCGAGAAAUGAAGGACUCAAUUGCCACUGCGGACAAGAUUCGAACAGAAAUUGAGCACACGCAGCAGAAACGAUAUGUCAUUGUUGAGCCUGGCGAGUCUUGUGUUCUUUCAGGCUACCCUUUGCUGUCCAAGAAGUUCUAUGUCUUCCCCUGCCAGCAUGCUAUUCGGGCCGAUGCUCUUACGGAGGCUGUGGUCAAGAAUGCUUCUUACAAGCUCAAGAAGCGGAUCAGCGAGCUCCAGUCUCGAGGAGUGUCCUGUAAGAAGGAGCUGGAGGAGGUUCUCGAUGAUGUCAUCUCCGAAAAGUGCUUCAUCUGCUCCGAUAUCAAGGUGGAUCUUAUUGAGAACUCGCUUAUGCCCCAGGGCAAGAGCGAAUGGGAUCUUUAA